ACUGACACGUUUACCUUAAAGGCAAACUAUUUAUUUCAAUAAGCUCUUUUAAGGACUUUGGAGAUUUUGCGACGAAGACAGGCUACGAUCCGAGUAAAGUUGACUGAAUAUCGGUUGCCUGUAGCCGGUGCGCAUCUCCGUGCGUGCAGCUCACUGCAAGAUGCUGCAUAUACAGUGAUCACUGCAGCCGCAUUUCUGCACAAACCGAUGCCUUUUAUCACGAAUCUCUGCCACCGAUGUCACAGAAGCAGCUGGUCAAAUAGGCGGUGCCAGGUUCAGCAUCUGACAUGACAAGGUACCCAACAAGUGGACUACCAGUGUUAGCACCUUCCUCCAUGUUAUGGAAGUCUGCUACUCAUUUUGGUUGAUCACAUAGCACGUAGUUGACAGCCAGCAUGGAGGACAGCAAGCUCAUAUUCAGCCUGGACCACCACGAUGAGGGCCCAACCGUGGCCUUCUCAAAAGACAAACCACAAACCAGGGAGAGUCGGACUGAUUUCACUCUGGGGAUUGAUUUGGAUCCGAGCCAAGACCAUCACGCCAAACCCCGCUUCCUGCCUCACUCUCCAUCCUCCCCAGGAUCUUUAGCUGAUCUGUCAGCAUCAUCAGCAGACCUGCUUGUCACCACCAGCUUGGUAAAAUCCUGUUCCACAGACCUGGAGCUGAGGGAGAGUAGCUCUCUAAGAAGCAAGCCUCUCCUCAGCCUGGUCAAGUCCCUGAGCACUGAGAUCUCUUGCCAGGUUGAGCCAGAGGUCAACCUCUCCAAGUCUGACUCUAAGCUACAUUUGCAUCCCUUGAAGCAGCUUACCCGGCCAAAGAUCCCAGAGGCCAGGUCAGAAGCAGGAGGACUCCAUGAGAAUGGUGACUGGACGUCACCUUCUUCCACUGGCAGCAUGUCUCCCAUUGAAGCUCGAGGCAGUUCGCUGAUUGCUGAGCUCGAGGACACACGGAGGAAGUUCUCUGAGGCCAUGCAGGAACCACUGAGCAUGUUGAGUAAGAUCAUGGGUGAUGAAAGCUCUGGCAUCUCCAAGCAGUGGGGGGCAUCUGGUACGGGAGACUCCCUGACCUCCCAAGGUAGCUGUGGAAGAGAGGUGAGUAGUGAAGAUGCAGACCUUAAGUACCGGAGGUGGACUGAUGGUGAGCACAAAGGUGUGUGUAAUGCUCCUCUGAGAAGACUCCAAAAGGGUUCGUUAAUAAAAUCCUCUGUGUCCCCAGAACAUCCUACCCAUAGCAGAGACAGCCGCUUGGAGAUCCAUACUUAUGGAGACAUGAUUCAGGCCAUGGAGCUCCAGAAAGGCUCCACAGGGACACAACAUAAAACUUACAGCCAGCUUCGAGGCACAGUCCCUGCCUCAUCACUGCCUCUUCACUGGCUCAUCCCUGUGGGACUUCUCACCUUUGGGUUCUUUGUGCUGCCCUUGCCCUCCUAUGUAGCCAGUCUGUCUGUGGGGAUCGGAUGUGGCUUUAUACUGGGCCUGGUGGUCGUGUUCAUGUUUGUCCCACGAUACUCAGUUGCCAGAUGUAACAAGGACUCUCGGUGCCUGAACAUGGAUCAGCUGAAUGAAAAACUCACAGAUUCAGAUGUCCUAGAGGGCUGGAUGAAUCAAACACACAGCUACAACCCUGAGACUUUCCACCCUUCCAUCACACACACUGUCUAUGUCACACUGGAGGGCAGCAGACUGCGCCUGGCAUACCCACGUGCCAACAUUUCCCGCUGGCCAACAUUCAACGAGACACAACACGAGGCUGUGUUUUUGCAUUCACGCACUUACCAGCUGGCUAAUUGUAAGGUGUCUCUGUUGCCUUCUGGUUUGGCCCAUAAAAGGAUGUGGAACAAAAAGUACCCCAUCUGCAUUAUUCUGGCAGAGGAGGAGAUAGUGGAAGAGAAUCUGGCUGAAGGGCAGGAGGAGGAAGAAACGGCAGAGAAAUACACUGUGUUGGACCCCCAGCUUCCUGUCACGCUCUACCUGUUUGGCCGCACAGGAAGAGAGAAGGAGGAAUGGUUCCAGCACUUCCUGUCUGUUUCCAGGGCUGCAGCCAAGAGCAGUGUGAGCAGUGAGGAGACCACAGAAACAUUAUCUGGUGGAGAUGCUGUUAAAGAAAACACAGAGGAGGCGACUGAUUUGCCAGUAGCUAUGAAAGUGAGAACACCACUGGACUACAGCACCUACAUGAUUCAAUUAAUUGGCUCAGAGAGUUGCAACCCCACCCCCAGCCCCUGUCACAGUGACAAGGAAAGCCCCAUGACCCACAAGAAGAGUCACAAUGAAGAGCAUGGAUCUGUGAGUCAAGUUGGAGCUGAGUCCAGUGCAGGUAGUGGGGCAGCAGGGUGUUCUGCAGACAGUCAGCCCACCUGGGUGAACUCCCUAGUGGGGAGGAUCUUCUGGGACUUUCUCCGGGAGAAGUACUGGACCGAUCAGGUGGCACACAAGAUCCAGAAGAAACUCAGUAAGAUCAAGUUGCCGUACUUCAUGAAUGAGCUGACUCUGGCUGAGCUGGACAUGGGCACCUGCCUACCCCAGGUCCUCAGCACCUCCAAACCUACCCUGGACCGUAGAGGCCUGUGGCUGGAGCUGGAGCUGAUGUACACAGGCUGCCUUCAAAUGACCCUGGAGACUAAGAUGAACCUGUGUAAGCUGGGUAAAGAGGGAGAGGACCUGGCUCACAAUAUUCCAGAGUCCAAACAAGUAGGUUCUACGCCCAGGAUGUGUAUACUGGCUGAUAGUGAUGAAGAGUCAUCCAGUGCAGGCUCAUCUGACGAGGAGGAAGUCCCUCCAUCUGAGCCACAGGGAUCUUGGAGCGAUAAGAGCACAGUGGCAGCAGCUGAUGGACACACAGGUUGCAGGACAAGUAGGAAAAUCCUGAGACUUGUGGACAAGAUAGCAAAGUCCAAGUACUUCCAGAAAGCCACAGAAAAUGAGUACAUCAGGAAGAAAAUAGCUGAGGUGUCCAACGUGCCUUUGUUGCUCAGCGUAGAGGUCCUGGAGCUCUCUGGUACUCUGGCCAUCAAUGUCCCACCUCCUCCUGCUGACAGGAUAUGGUACAGUUUCCGGGUGCCUCCCAGGUUAGACCUUCAUGUGCGUCCCAUGCUCGGGGAGAGGGAAGUCACCUUCACUCAUGUCACUGAAUGGAUAGAGAAAAAACUACAGUGGGAGUUCCAGAAAGUUUUUGUCAUGCCCAAUAUGGACGAUCUAUAUCUGCCCCUGAUGACAUCUGGCCUGGAAACCCCAGCUGCAUCCCACCACUCUUCAAUCCAAUCCACAUCCCAACAGUCUUCCACUGAGUCCCAGGAGUAGGUGUCAGAGUAGGGACCCCUUUGAGCCCACACAUGGGAUACUCUUGUUGCAAACAUGGCGAAUUGUGCAGCUAAUGGAUUCUGUGGCCGUUUGGGUUCGAUGUGACCAGGGCAGUAUAAAGUAGAUGCCUCCUGAAGGCACUUGAAUAUGGCGGUAACUUCAAGCCUCUGGGAAUGGUGCUACAGUGCCCCCUUUUGGGAAGAAAGCUGAACUCUACCCAACACCCUGACACCGGUGAGAGCACAUACUGUAAGACACUGGAUUUCCAUAGUUGAAUUUGUUUUUUAAUGCUCAAGCAGAUGGAUGACUGAAGCCACCACAGUGCAUGUUAUU